GGGGGCUCAGCCCUUCCACCGCCGCUUCGCUGCUUCCCUGGCAGCUCCCAGGCGGCUCAAGCCUCAGAAAUGCCGCCGGACCUGGGUUCCGGCUGCCCGGCUCUGCCGCCACCGCCGCCGGGGCUCUAUGACCGCCAAGCCUGGCGCUGCAGCUGCGCCUCCGGGGCCUACGUCUGCCCCGUCAGCCCGCGCCGGAGCCCCCUGCCCGAGUUACAUAACCGCGCUGCGGGCUAGUGGGCACAGCUCCACACAACUCGGGGGUGGGGGUGGGGGCAAGGGAGAGCCCCUCAGAUGUCCCUUUCAUUGCCUCCACAUUCGCAGGAGGGGGUGCUCCAUGUAGGGUGCAGCAAGAUCUGGGGGUGCGGGCCCGUCUCCUCAUCCUGAUUUUCAGCAUCUUUGGCAGGGGCGCAAAGUUGCUCGGGGCGCAAAGGUGGGGUGAAGGGAGCUUGCUUCUCCUGCACCUGUUCGUGCCAGGCCCAGGGUGAGGGGCGACCCCCAUGCUCCCCAUAACGUCCCGGGCUCUCUGGUUUGCGUACCCGCAGCGCCCGAUCGACCGCCAGAGAUACGACGAGAACGAGGACUUGUCGGACGUGGAGGAGAUCGUCAGCGUCCGGGGCUUCAGCCUGGAGGAGAAGCUGCGCAGCCAGCUGUACCAGGGGGACUUCGUGCACGCCAUGGAGGGCAAAGAUUUCAACUAUGAGUACGUGCAGAGAGAGGCUCUCAGAGUCCCCCUGAUAUUCCGAGAAAAGGAUGGACUGGGAAUUAAGAUGCCUGACCCUGACUUCACAGUCCGAGACGUCAAACUCCUCGUGGGGAGCCGGCGGCUGGUGGAUGUGAUGGACGUCAACACCCAGAAGGGCACAGAGAUGAGCAUGUCUCAGUUUGUACGUUACUACGAGACGCCCGAGGCGCAGCGGGACAAGCUGUACAAUGUCAUCAGCCUGGAGUUCAGCCACACCAAGCUGGAGCACCUGGUCAAGCGUCCGACCGUGAUUGACCUGGUGGACUGGGUGGACAACAUGUGGCCCCAGCACUUGAAGGAGAAGCAGACGGAGGCCACCAAUGCCAUUGCCGAGAUGAAGUACCCGAAAGUAAAGAAGUACUGUCUGAUGAGCGUGAAAGGCUGCUUCACUGACUUCCACAUCGACUUCGGAGGCACUUCCGUCUGGUACCAUGUAUUCCGGGGUGGGAAGAUCUUUUGGCUGAUCCCUCCAACCCUGCACAACUUGGCAUUGUACGAGGAGUGGGUGCUGUCAGGCAAACAGAGUGACAUCUUUCUGGGAGACCGCGUGGAGCGAUGCCAAAGAAUUGAGCUGAAACAGGGUUACACGUUUUUCAUCCCUUCUGGUUGGAUCCAUGCGGUCUACACCCCGGUGGACUCGCUGGUGUUUGGCGGAAACAUCCUGCACAGCUUUAAUGUGCCCAUGCAGCUGCGGAUCUACGAGAUCGAGGACAGAACACGGGUGCAGCCCAAAUUCCGGUACCCUUUCUACUAUGAGAUGUGCUGGUAUGUCUUGGAGCGGUACGUGUACUGUGUGACCCAGCGGUCCCACCUCACUCAGGAACACCAGAGAGAAUCAAUGCUGGUUGGUGAGUGGACUCUGGGCAGUGGGUGACCUCGGCGGGUCAGCUCGGGCAAAAGGAAUGUUUUCCAUGGGGCCCUGGGUUCAGGGA